ACAAAUUUACAACCACGUUGGGAGACGGGAGUGGACGUGCAUUUGUGAACUAGAGGCUCGGAGCGAUUUUGCCUCCAAUGAAUGUUAUCUGCCUUCUCCAGUUUUCUGCGGUGUGAGCCUCUGCUACGAUCUGACUGGAAAUUCUUCAUCUCUUCUUCCUACUUCCGUUCCGAUUCCGGUUGUUCUUACUAUGGAGUAUUCAAUGAUUCAAUCCGUUUCUCUUCGAACUCCGGCUGUGAAUUCCGCUCUCAAGUCUUCUCUGCCUCACAGAAAGCUUCUUGUUAGGCAUGCAGUAACUUUACCUUCACUCUUGCUCCCGAAUUUCGCCUUGCAACUGCAGCCAAGAUGGAUGUACCGUUGUAGGGGAAAUGUUUCGACUAGAUCGUGGAGACUUGCUUCCAUCCAGGCCCGCACUCGAGUUGGAGCUGCAGGAUCUGAUCCCCUAUCAAACAAUAUUUCAGCAUUUAGAGAUGCUUGCUGGAGGUUUUUAAGGCCUCAUACAAUACGUGGAACAGCUUUAGGAUCUCUUUCGUUGGUGACUAGGGCAUUGAUUGAGAAUUCACACCUGAUAAAGUGGUCCUUGCUGUUUAAGGCUUUCUCUGGUCUUUUUGCCUUAAUAUGUGGAAAUGGUUAUAUAGUUGGUAUCAAUCAGAUCUAUGAUAUUGGAAUUGACAAAGUGAACAAACCGUAUUUACCAAUAGCCGCAGGAGAUCUUUCAGUCAAAUCUGCAUGGAUCUUGGUGAUAUUUUUUGCAGUGGCUGGUCUGUUAAUUGUUGGAUUGAACUUUGGACUAUUUAUUACUUCUCUCUACAGUCUCGGUCUUUUCCUCGGGACUAUCUACUCUGUUCCUCCAUUUAGAAUGAAGAGAUUUCCUGUAGCAGCAUUUCUUACAAUUGCUACGGUACGAGGUUUUCUUCUUAAUUUUGGUGUCUAUUAUGCCACUAGAGCUGCUCUUGGACUUACCUUUGAGUGGAGCUCACCUGUGGCUUUCAUUACCACAUUUGUGACCCUGUUUGCUUUAGUGAUUGCCAUAACGAAAGAUCUUCCAGAUGUGGAGGGAGAUCGCAAGUUUCAGAUAUCAACCUUAGCAACAACGCUUGGUGUGAGAAAUAUUUCAUUUCUUGGUUCUGGACUUCUGCUGUUAAAUUAUGUUGCUGCUAUAGCGGCUGCAAUUUACAUGCCUCAGGCUUUUAACCGUAACAUAAUGAUCCCUGUUCAUGCAAUCUUGGCAUCGUCCCUCAUUUUCCAGUCAUGGUUGUUGGAGAGAGCAAAUUAUUCAAAGGAAGCAAUCUCAACAUUUUAUCGGUUUAUAUGGAAUCUCUUCUAUGCUGAGUAUAUCAUAUUUCCUUUGAUCUAGCAGAACAAUCCCUUUGUUCAUUUAAUGAACUUUUUGUGGGUGCAUGAGAAAUAGAAAGCAAGGAUGUAUUCAAUCUUUUAUCUUGUAAAUAUUGCCAUAAAGUUUUAUAGAUUCAUGUUGUAUUAUCAUCUAAUGAAUUUUAGUUAUUUCAAUUGCUUUCUCCACAUUUUGUU